CCCCCGGGCCGCGCGCUGUCGUUAUGGGUCCGCCGGAAACCUGGAGGCGCGCCCUGAAGUCGCAGACGCGGUGCGGCUGGUGGGUCCCGGCGCCAAAUCCGACCUCCUGGAGAAACCAUGUCUCAGCACCUUUGGGUGCCACCUAUUGUGCCAGGCGCUUGCCACUGCACGAGAGGAUAUGCCGUUUGAAUUCUCGGUGAAGGUUGGGAGGAGGAAUGCCAGAACUGCCGGCUGAAAGUUAUCCAUACGAGAAACAUGUAGGCUGGGGACCCUGAAUCACGUAGUGAGAAUUGCUGCUCUUUGUUUCCUCUGUCUUACCUUGGAAGUUCGGCCGGUAUCUUGACCGCCGAGGCCAACAGAAAUCACUUCACCCCCGGGAUGGACUUUCUGGUUCUCUUCUUGUUCUACCUGGCUUUGGUGCUGGUUGGUGUUGUAAUGAUCUGCAUCUGCUGGAAAACCCAGUACUUGAAUGGCCUGGGUUCGGGAGGAGCACAGAUAUUUUCCUAUGUAAUUCCAGAAUGCCUUCAGAGAGCCAUGCUAAGAUUGCUUCAUUACCUCUUUCAUACACGAAACUACACCUUCAUUAUCCUUCAUCUUGUCUUGCAAGGGAUGAUUUAUAUUGAAUAUACCUGGGAAAUACUUGGCUACUGUCAAGAGCUGGAGGUCUCCGUGUAUUACCUCCUUCAGCCCUACCUGCUGUUGAUCGUAAACCUGGUGUUUUUCACCCUAAGCUGUGUAAGCAACCCUGGUACCAUAACAAAAGAAAAUGAAUCAUUGUUUCUUCAAAUUUAUGAAUUCGAUGAAGUGAUGUUCCCAAAGGACACAAGGUGCUCUACUUGUGACUUAAGGAAACCAGCUCGGUCCAAACACUGCAGUGUGUGCAAUCGAUGCGUGCACCGUUUUGACCACCACUGUGUUUGGGUGAGCAACUGCAUUGGGGCUUGGAACGCCAGGUACUUCCUCAUCUACCUCUUGACGUUGACAGCCUCAACUGUCACAAUGGCCAUUGUGAGCACUGUGUUUCUGGUCCAGUUGGUGGUGUCGUCGGACUUAUACCUGGAGACAUACAUGGAUGACCUUGGACACUUACGAGUUAAUGACAUCAUUUUUCUUAUCCAGUACCUGUUCCUGACUUUCCCAAGGAUUGUCUCCAUGCUGGGCUUUGUUGUGGUGCUGAGCAUCCUUCUGGGAGGCUACCUGUGCUUUGCUCUGUACCUGGCCGCCACCAACCAAACCACUAAUGAGUGGUACAGAGGUGACCGGGCCUGGUGCCAGCACUGCCCCAACGUUGCAAAGCCCUGGAUCUACCGGAACAUCCACUCCCACGGGUUUUGGAGCAACCUUCGAGAGAUCUUUGUACCUGCUGCUGCACAAGAUGAGAGAAAGAAGAAAUAACAAUGGAAAGUGUUACUGCCUUUUAAAUACAGAUGUAUGGAUACUUAC